CACAACAUGCUGUCAGGUUCCAUUCCGCCUUCUUUUGAAUGGAUGGUCAGCUUACAGUCUGUUGAUUUUUCAUACAAUGCUUUGGAAGGUCAUCUUCCUCGUAGCAAACCCUUUCAGAAGGCUCCGACAGAGGCAUUCAUAAAAAACAAAGGCUUAUGUGGUGAAGUGCAAGGUUUGCGACCUUGCAACGCCUCUUCAAUAAGUCAUGGUGAUGCAAGGAAAGGCCACAAAGUUGUGAUCCUCAUUAUUCUUCGCUUCUCAGUAUUGUUUCUUUUAUUUGCAAUCGUUAGCAUAAUUUCUUCCAUUUAUUAUCAAAGAAGAAGAGGAAUAGAGAAAUUAGUUCUUGAAAGAAGCAAGGAAAUACAUUUUCAAUAUGGAAUUAUGAUGGGAUUGCCACAUUUGAAGACAUUUUGGAGGCGACAGAGGGUUUUGAUGAAAAGUACUGCAUUGGAACUGGAGGUUACGGGAAAGUUUACAAAGCAAAUUUACCAGCAGCCCAGGUAGUAGCUGUGAAGAAACUUCACCCACUCGAAGGUGGGAAUCAAUCCGAUCAAAGAAGUUUUAGGAAUGAGAUAAAAGCAUUAAUGGAAAUUUGCCAUCGCAACAUUGUGAAGCUAUAUGGCUUCUGUUCGCAUGCUCGAUUCUCAUUUCUAGUAUAUGAGUAUAUGGAAAGGGGAAACUUGGCAAGCAUCCUAAGAAAUGAUGAAGGAGCUGCACAAUUGAAUUGGACUGCAAGGGUGAAGGUUGUCAAAGGUGUGGCCCAUGCUUUAUCUUACAUGCACCAUGAUUGUACCCUGUCAAUUGUCCAUCGAGACCUAUCAAGCAACAAUGUUCUGUUGAAUUUAGAACUUGAGGCUAGUGUCUCUGGCUUUGGAACUGCACGGUUGCUGGUACCCGAUUCCUCAAAUUGGACUACACUCGCAGGCACUUGCGGAUACAUAGCUCCAGAGCUUGCAUAUACAAUGAGAGUGACUGAAAAAUGCGACGUAUAUAGCUUUGGUGUUGUGGCACUUGAAGUGAUGAUGGGAAGUCAUCCCGGGGAGCUCAUCUCCUCUUUGUCAUCAUCAAGUGGACAAGAUACACUCCUAGAAGAUAUGUUGGACCAACGUCUCUCGGAUCCAAUGACUGGUGUUGCACAGGAAGUCUUAUUUGUGGUAUCCAUGGCUCUUUCAUGCAUUCGGCCAGAUCCAGACUCUCGGCCAACCAUGCGACAUGUGGCUCAGGAGCUAUCUAUUGGUGGGCCUUCUUUCUCUUUAUAGCCAUUCCAUGCACUUACGUUACGUCAAUUGAUGGAUCUGAAGUUGCUGCUUGCGUGACACUGGCAUUGCUAAUAAAACUUCUCUGAA